AUGUCUGAAGCGACUGAUCAACAAACGAGCCUGGCGCCGGCGACUGUUGUGUCCAGCGUAUCAGCCACCCCUGGCUCGGCCCGCCUUAACACCAGUUCAAUUAUACCCGAGUUGGAUACCAAUGGGGAAGCACAGGAAACCGUACUUGAGCCCGAUGAGGGGGAAACAGUUGACGACGUCAGGUCGAUUGAUGAUCGAAUCUCGAGCUACACUGCGUCUCUGACAUCAAGCGUGUUCAACUAUCCGGUUGAGUACGGUCGCCGAUACCAUGCUUUCCGAGCAGGAUCUUAUAUCGCUCCGAACGAUGAGCUCGAAAGCGACCGGCUGGACAUGACACAUGCCCUGAUCGUAAGGGCAAUUGGGAAUAGGCUUUUCUUGGCGCCUAUUGAAACGGAAAACGUUCACCGCAUCCUCGACAUUGGAACUGGUACAGGAAUCUGGGCGAUGGAGAUGGGCGACUUUUUCCAUCAUGCAGAGGUGAUUGGUAACGAUUUGAGUCCCACUCAGCCAGAAUGGGUUCCUCCCAAUGUCAGGUUCGAGAUUGAUGACGUGGAAAGCUCCUGGAUCGAGGGCAAGAAGUACGACUUCAUAUUCUGCCGGUACAUGGUGGGGGCAAUUGAUGAUUGGGAAACUCUUGUGAAGCGAGUCUUCAACAACCUUAACCCGGGAGGCUGGGUUGAGUUCCAAGACAUGAAAAUUCAGCUUUACUCAGACGACGAGACUCUGGAGAAGAAGGGUAAAUCUACCAUGGAAUGGAUAGAGACGUUCGUCAAGGCUCUUCAAAGCAUCGGGCGCGAGCCCAACCCUGGCCCAUUGCUUGAAGGCUGGGUGAGAGAGCACGGCGGCUUUGACCACAUUGCUCACCAGAAGUUCAAGAUGCCGUUGGGUCCUUGGCCCAAAGAGCAGUAUUACAAGGAUCUUGGACUUCUCAACCUCGCACAGAUUCUCAAAGGCUUGGAGGGGGGCUCGAUGAGGCUGUUCUGCGGUGUCCUGGGGUGGACAACCGAGGAGGUGCUGGCGCUGCUUGCGGGUGUGCGUCAGGAGUUGAAGAGCAACCAGUUGCAUCCCAUGUAUGAUCUGUAA